GCCGAUCAUACAAUCUGUGGUUCUGGUUAUAUCUACAUUACUCAUGUCACUAAACUACUGAACUUGCAUACUACAAGAGACACGGACAUUAUUCUUUCUCUUUAAUGAGAUAUCUACAGUGUAUAUUUUUUAGGUCGCAAUGUUGUGUUUUUUUCUCGCAGUAUUUUCGGAUAGUACAUUUAACCUAAUUGUGAACUGGAGCUAAUUAUUGUUGUGGUCUCGCUGGCAUACCUAUUACGGAUAAGAUUACUGAAUUUUAUACUUUCAUCUAUAUUGCUGGCUCUGUUAACAUAGGAUGCUUUAAAAUUGACUACACUCAUUGUAUCAGAAAAGGCUAUUAUUUGUGAUACCAGUUUUGUCAUUUGUAUGAUUCUUAUUAGAGAAAUAUUGUCAGGUGAUCUUUUUCUACAUCGUAAUUUAACUAUCUUCUAAUGUGAACAUGAUGAGAGGCAGAGGCCUAAAGAAGCACCGUUCCCACCUGAAAGUUAAGCAUGUUGUGCUAUUAUGGAUGUUGGUGUUUUGCUUGGGGUGGUGGUUUUAUAUUGGUUCACCAGCAGAAGAACAGCUGUGUAAUAUACACACCAUUAAGGCACUAACAUGCGAUCGUUUCAAGAAAGGAAUUAUUACUGGCACGAAAUGUUCUGAGUUCUGUGACACAGAAAAGAUUGAAAUUAAGAGAUGCAUGUCCACUAAUCCAUCAUUCCAGGUAUAUGAAGGAUUAAUUAGAGGCAUUAAGAACAGGAAGAAAAAGGUUCCUGAUACUUUCCUUACUAUUAAACAACGAUUUGAACCAGCUGAGGUAGCUUACGCAAAACCGGAAAAAGGAAAGUCUAUGGAUGAUUUCCGCAUCAUGUUGUCAGGAUAUCUUGCACGGAAGUUCGGUGAGGGGGAUCACGAGGAUGUAGUGAUGAAAAUUUUGGAAGUUGCUGAUGUGAAUAACGAUGGUAAGGUUUCGCUGGCAGAAGCAAAAACCAUGUGGGCGCUGCUACAGGAGAAGGAGUUUCUGAACACAAUGUUGAUGAUUGAAAGCGACCACAUCCCAAAGUUGUACGGGUUCUGUGGUAGCAUGUACAUAACAGAAGGCGUAAUGGAUUACCAGUUAUACGGCAGCAAUCUUCCAGGAUUCGUCUAUUCUAUUCUCCCUGCAGGUCUUAAAUCGGCGAGUGAACAAGCGGCCGCACCGCAGUGGUAUCAUAAAGCACACAUCACAGUCGGUUUGUUAGAAUUUGUUGAGGAAAUGUACGAUAGCCCAAAAGGAAAUAUGCAUUUUUGUAAUGCCAAUAGACAUUCUAUAGGAUACACAAACAAUUUUGAUGUGAAAGUUCUUGAUUUAGACAAUAUUUAUCUAGAAAAUAAACUAAUUGACACGCUUAAAGAAUUCCCGUGUCACAAGAACGUAGACUGUGUUGUAGGCAAUGACUGCAGAUCUUUGUGUAACAUGGAAACGCAGCACUGUACUGGUGAGAUUCUAUUCCCAAAUCUACGGAAAGUCUGCAGUAUGAUUUACAAUUAUUUAUUGUAUCGUGCACCUGAUAGCAUCAAAGAAAAGAUUCAGGAAAACUUAGAUAAAUGCAUCAAAUUAGUGACCACUGACUCAGAUAUGCAAUUAAAACAUUCUCUCAUUCUCAAUGAAUUAAAAAAUCUUUUGUGGACCCAGAUUGCCGACCUUAAAAAAUUUUCUAACACAAAACCAAAAUAGAACUUUUUUUAGUCGUAUGGUAAUUUGAUGGAUUUUACCCUGACUAUGCCAUAUAAAUUUGUAAAAAAUAUGGUGUAAUCUAACGUGAGAGAAAAGUCGCUGAUAUUUGAUGUGUGACAAACUUUGAAGGGAUUGUCUGCCUACAUACACCGAAGAAGAAAUUGGAUACAGAUGGAGAAAUGAAAUAAAUGCGCAUCAUUCUUCUGAUUACAUUUUUGAAUUGACAUCCACAGUUGUUUGGCACAAAGAUUGAAUAGGUUGUCUGCUCUCUUGUCAGGGGCGGACGACGUUCUUGCUAUCAACUUCUGUCAUCAGUGAAUACCAAUACUCUACACAACUGCAUCAUGGAUAAAAUUUAUUAUAUUAGGAAUGGAGCUAUUAUAUACCAAUAUCACUAAUAACAAUAAUAAUAGUAAUUUAUACUCCUUAUCAAAGUGGUUGUGUAUAACUUACUAAAUAAUCGUCUUUAAAUGUCUGUUACAAUUUGUCCAUUGUUAAAGUUUGGAACAUGCGUCUCCUGCAAGUAGUGUGUAUUCUCCAAAAAAUAAACAUGGUAGUCUGCACUCCCACCACAAGCAAGCAAACAUCCACUGCAAACUAACCCAUUUCCUGUAAUUUAAGAAUAAUUGACGAUUAGUUUAUAUUUUUAUUAUUAUCAUCCUAAAGUCACCUGCUGUGGAAAUCACACCACAGAUCAAAGUACAAGAUAUGUUAAACAAAGCUCACAUAACUUAAAUCUCUCUGCAUAUAUUGUUAUGUACUGUAUGAAAAUGUAACCAGCCCACACUUCACAAAAGAAAACCACCAAUAAUAAACAUACAAUGAACCACUGAAAUACAUUUUUUGUUUAUAUAUUCUAUAGUAUUAUCAAAGCAAGGAGGUAUUAAAUAUAGUAAUUAUUAUUAUUAAAAACAUUAUUUUCAUACUAAAAGGCUGAACUCUGAAUUUAAAACGGUAGAGGGCACUAUAGUGAAACAAGUUACAAGUAUAUCUCUGAAUAACACCUAAUAUUUUGUUUUUCUGUGAUAGUUGGCCUCUCUCAAGUGUAAACAAGUAUGGAGCUUUUGAAGCAUUUUUUCUGUUUUCAUUAUGCUUUUACAGUUUAUGUUGUAAAGGCCGUAUUUCCAAACUUCUAUAAUGUAGAUAUCAUAACACCAUUUAAAUUGCAGAAUAAUGUUGAAUUAUGUUUUUUUCUUUUUGUGCAACUGUCUCUCACUGAGCACAUCAACUGACCAAUUCACAUAAAAAUUAUUAAAAUUUAUUAUGGAACCUCAAGUCGUAUGUGGUGAUAAAUCUUGCACUGACGUCAUAAGAUAGAAUCUGCUUAAUUUGCACCACUGACGGCCAAUAGAAUAGCAAUAUUUCUAUACCUUUUAUAAGUUAUUAGCUUUCAGUGGAAAUGCGAUUGAGAAUGAAAUUUCUUGAAAAUUUAAUGGAUACAUAAAUAAUACCAUUCAGUAUUCUUUUUAUAGACAAUUAAUUUGGCUGGUAAAUUAGUCGGAAGAUUGUUAUUGUGUAUAAUGUCUAUACAUCUUUUGACCUCUGUCUUAUUGACGUCUGUUGCAUUGGAAGUUAAUAACUUACUAUGGUCUUUUUAAAUUGUCUAUUCAGUGUUUAAAUUAUAUUUUAUAGGUGUUUUUUUUAAUAUUCUAUGAUAGGCAGAUGGUGUCACAAAAGCUUGAGCACAUACAGAUAGCAGAUGUUUACUCUCUGCAAACAGAAGCACAAUUGAUUUGAUUUAUAGUUUCUGAUAUUUUUUUAUACUGCAUAUAUUUGUUAGUAUCAAUCCCAUGUAAUAAAUAAAUCCCACGUAAUAUAUCUAUACUAUGGAUAUGUAAAAAAAAUCCUACUAAUUAAUAUUGGAUUGGUUUAAUUACAUAGUUUUUAUCAACUUGGAACCAAGCUAAAGUGUACAGAUCUAAUGAGUUGAAAGUGUAAGCCAAUUGCAGGAGGGAUGGCUCAAUUUUCAGGAAUAGAAUGAUUUAAAUUCAACCAACCUAAAAUAGAGAUCUAAUGAUGUGGAAGUGUCAGCCAGAAGGGUGGCUCAUUUUAUUAGCAUUAUUUAAACUUGAGCGGAGCUAAAUCAUAGAGGUCUAAUGAGGUAAAAGUGAUGGCUCACUUAUAAUAGAAUGAUUUUAAUCCCAAGCUAACCAAACAUGUUGAGUGAUCUUUCUGCUGAGACAGCUGCUGAGCAAGCAUGCAAUAAAAGUAAACUAAAAGAUGGAAUAAUUUCCUUUGAAGUUAUUACAUUUACUACCCAAUGCACUGCAUUGGUGUAGGCUUCCAUCAUAUUGUGAUAAACCUUGCAUAGCUUUUAAUCAAUAUGUAUAUGAAGUUGAUAUGAGCUGGCUCUAUACUAAUAUAUUUAUAAAGGAGGAUUUAUGAUAAUAAUAAUGAUAAUGACCUAUACUAUAUUUCUUAUUUAUAUUAAUUUAUAUUAAAUAUUUGAUGACCUUAAAAGAAUGGAAGAAACAUGCACUCCAUGAAAUUACAAAUUUACAUACACAGUUGGUUGUCCAUAUAAACAAAUUAUGGAAAAUGUAAUUGUACAAAAUUUUUUUAAAUAUUAAAGACAAUUAAUAUUGCAGUAAGUUUGGCAUCCUAAAUAUAAUCUAACGUAUGUCAAAUCAUUUUGAAGAAUUUAGCCAGGUUUAAAUAACUUGCAUUGUUUCGGUAAUCUUAAUUGGUUCAUGCUGUUUCACCCUUGGUAUAUACUGUAGUUGUCAAGAGUGACAACUAACUAACUUCCUUCUCGUGUACCAAAACAAGUUUAAAUGUACAAACAUACUUUUUUUGAAAUUUUAUCUA